CCUUUGCAGGGAGUCCAUAAUAGAAUAUAAUGUUUCCAUCAGGGUCUUGUCGUGGCAACAACCUGCAGCCGUAAAGCGACUUUAAUUCUCUGAGAGGAAGACCGGUCGGUGACAGUUGUCGUUUCACUGUGUACUGUAAUAUAUGAGAUUCUGCCCUGAAAACCCUGGAGGUGGCAUUUGUCUGGUCUGGUUGUAAAUAAUGAGAUAGAUCACAAUGGAUUUCAGUUCCUCAUCCGUGUUUGACCAGCACAAAGCUGAUGCAGCAGAAGAGAUCGACUUGGCUGUGGUUUACCAAGCAGCUGCUAAUGGAGAUGUGAACACCCUGACUGCAGUGAUCCGAGAGGAUCCUUCCAUCCUGGAGUCUUGUGACAGAGAGGGUUGCACACCUUUGAUGCAUGCUGUGUCAGGACGCCAGGUUGACACAGUGAAGCUUUUGUUGAAGAUGGGAGCCAAUAUUAAUACUCAAGAUGCUUGUGGACGUACCAGUUUAUCUCUGGCAACUUAUUUGGGCUGGCUGGAGGGCUGUGUCAGCCUGCUCAGGAAUGGUGCUAAGCAGAACAUACCUGACAAAAACGGGAGGUUGCCGCUACAUGCUGCCACCGCAGAGCCUGACGUGAGGCUUCUGAGCUUGCUUCUGCAGCAAUCAAAUCUUAGUGAAAUUAAUCACCAGGACAAUGAGGGAAUGACUUCACUCCACUGGGCUGCAUUCCACAACAGACCCCAGCACACCCAGACUCUGCUGCACAAGGGAGCAGACCCAACUCUGGUGGACAAGGACUUCAAAACAGCUCUGCACUGGGCAGUACAGAGUGGCAACAGGAUUCUGUGUUCCAUCAUUCUGGACCACUGGCAGGGACCAUCAAUAAUAAAUUGUGAUGAUGAGAAUGGCAAAACAUGCAUGCACAUUGCUGCUGCUGCAGGCUACAGUGAUAUCAUCAGUGAGCUGGCUAAAGUCCCAAAGUGCAACCUGCAGGCCCUUGAUGUGGAUGACAGGACUCCUUUGCACUGGGCUGCAGCAGCAGGGAAAGCUGACUGUGUGCAGACACUGCUAGAACUGGGGAUAGACAGCAGCCCUCGAGACAUCAAUGAGAACACUCCUCUGACAUAUGCAAUAUACUGCGGGCACACUGCAUGCAUCAAGCUGCUGUCUCAGGAGAGCAGUAGAUCUGAGUCAGUUCAUAAGUUUCCCUCCCAGAACAACAGACUUUUAAAGAAAGAAGGACGAUUCAGUAUGCUGAACCAGAUCUUCUCUUGCAAGAGGAAGAAAAAUGAUCAGAAAACCAGUCAGAAGGAGAGAAACAGGGGUCAAUUUCCUGAAGAAGAGACCUCAGAAGUAGAUGAUAUCAUCACCCAUUUUGAUUGCAUUAUGAACAAAAAUUGCAAAGACAUUCCAGAUGAGUGUAAGAGCACGCCUGAAUUUAAAAGAAAGAGCACAGACACUAAGUACCUCAUACCAGAAAAGAAGCCAUCAGUAUGUCAGAGACUCCCACCCAUCACCACCCAGACCUUCCCCCCAAUCACUGCAGGGAAUUCCUUCCUAACUGCUUCCCAGAGCAAAAUAUCAAGCUUCUGCUCCAGCUCCAGUACCCACCAUUUUCCACACAAAUCUCAAAAGAGUAGGAGUGAGCACAACUUGCUGGACAACACAGAUAGCUGCCACGUUUUGCUGGAUGAUCCCUGGAACACAGACUCUAACCAAAGACUCUCUUACGAAGUCUGUACUAGAACUUCUUCAGACAAAUUUAUGAAUGGCUUAAACUCUGAUAGAUCCCACCAUGUGCUUUUGUGCCCUCCCUGCCUUCCCUCACUUCCCAGUUCUCCAUCAGGUAGAAGUUUUCAACGGAUGUCCAUAGACCAGCAGAAAAUGAAAAAUAUUAUUCCUGUACAGAACAGUCUAGCUCCAAUACCAAACCACAGUGCCCACAAAAUUCAGCUACCAUCUCAGGAUGCUAAGAAGUUUAAGUCCCUACGAACCAGUGCAGUUAUCCUCCCACCAGCUCCAAUCUCCAGAUCAGUGAAAACAGGACAUUCUCAGAGUCAUACGCUCUGUUCUUUCUUGCCUGGUCUCUCAGGAGAGCAUCUAAAACCAAGCUGUGUCCUACCUGCUAUCCAAAACCAGAAGAAACCUAAUCCUGAAGAGGAGCUUGAGAAAGCGCUCACCAAAUCAGAUGCUGGAUAUUAA